CUAUACCUAAUCAUGGACGGUCCUCGACCUUUGCACUAAGAUUCCCUAAACCCCUGACCUUUCAAAAGCUUCCCUAAACCCCCUGACCUUAAUGGCGGCGCCACUCACGGCCCUUCUAGAAAGAAAAAAAACCUAAAAUCGCGACGCCGCCAACGAUUAAAUCGUUUGCAUGCCUUUUUCUCGCCAUCUAUCGACCCACGUGACCUCUCCUCUGUCAGAAUCAGCAGUUCCUCCCUCAGAGUUGCAGGUUGACUUUUUAAAUUUUAAAAUCAAAAAAAAAGUAACCGCUCGGUAUCUUUUCUCUCUCUUUCAUCUUCGUUCUGACAUACACUUCCUUCCCUCUCUUUCUUUUCCAACUCUCCUUUUCACACCACCAUUGUUUCUUCGAUUGCCUGUUCGUCUUCCGUUCUUUCCGUGUUCUUGCAUUGUGAAGAAGAAAAAAUAACGAAGGAACAAAACAGAAAUUUAGAGUGAGAAAAAUUUAUUUUUACUCUUGUUGUCUGGUUCAUGUGGUUUAGGGUUUGAUUAAUGUGGUGUAUUUAUGCUCUCUCUGUCACAGGUUUUUAUAGUGAAGGAAUUACAGAAAUGAGAAAGAAAGGAAAAGGAAAAUCAAAGGAAAGAGAACGAACGGGACCACCUGAAACUCCUGGAUGGGGUUUAAUGGAUGAGAGCGAUAGUGACGAUGUAGUGGAAGUGUCACCAGGUUUAGAAUUUUUUCAAAUCAACCUUCACAUUAAUGAGGAAUUGGGGGAAUGGGGUUACCAUGAUGGGGAAGUGUUCACCGGCAUUUAUUCUGUGUCUGAUAUGUCUAUGAGGAAAUUAGAUAAAUGGGUGAAAAGAGAAAAAGUUAACGGAUUAGUUGAUUAUUAUUGGAAUGAAAAAGACAAGGAAUUUCAUGAUUGGAUGAGACCGAUAAAUCACGAAGACGAUGUCAUGGAAAUGGCAAGGGCUGGGAAGAGGGAUGGAGAAGUGGAUGUCUAUGUUAGAAAACUGACAAUUAAAGACAUUGAGUCUUUAGUCCCUCCGCCCCCGUCGCCCCCACAUGUUGUAAUUGAGGAGAUACCGAACCCCAACGAUUUAGCUUAUGUGUAUCCCACUCCCGUGAAAAAAGUAAGGAGUAAACCAUUGGCUACCAAGACUGUUGGGAGUAAACCAUUGGCUACCAAGGAUGUUGGUGAAGGUCCUUCAGAAAGUGGGGGGUCAUGGUUGAUUCCAUAUGUAAGUUGUCACGACCCAAAUUAUUGA